UCCACCACGCGCCGGACGUGACAAAACGGCUCCGCGCCCCCUCCUCCUCCCUCGCCCACCAAGUUCUCCGGCCCGGACACUGACCGGCCGCGCCCACGCCCAAACCGGCCGCGCCCCACACUCUUUUUCUUUCACACUCCUGGAGAGCUCAGUCCUGAACUCCUGAUCCCCACCUCGCGGCGCCGUCGGGUCCGGCCAUGGCGUACUCCAAGGGAGCUGGCGGCGGCGGGAUGUCGGCGGUGGACGCCAUCCUCGCGGAGGCGGCCGACCUGGUCGCGCUGGAGCAGAUCGCCAGGCUCAACACCGCGCACCUAGCCGGCCUCGACGACUCGGCGCUCCCGUCCAGCCUCGAGUCCCGCUUCCGCAAGCUCAAGUCCCUCCCCACCGCCCCCGCGCCGCCCGCCAAGACACUGGGCCGGAGCGCCACCGCGCCGCCGCAGCGCCGCGACGAUCCUCCCGCCGACCCGCUCCCGCAACCGCACGCGGACCCUCUCUCCCCCGCUCCGGUCGCCCCGGCGAGCCAGCAAAAGGAGCAGAGCCCUCCGCCGCAGCCGCAGUCUGAUCCUCCUAAGAAGAGCGUCCCCGCGGUCCGAGAAGAUGGCGAGGAGGAGGAGGACAUGGAGCGGCUCUUCGGGGCAGGGCGCGGCCGGCCGACGCUGAGGGAGCGGAACAGGGGCAGGGACGAGGACGGCUCCCUGUCGCCGCCGCCGCCGCGCCAGGCGUGCUGCUUCCCCUUCUCGCCCAAGAAGGCCCCGCAGAGGGCCCCGGCGGCGAGGAGCAGGAAGGACCGCGUCGGAGGAGCGCCGGGCGACGACGUCCUCGGCAUCGACGCCGGCGAGUGGGGCGACGAGAACAGGAGGAUGGUCACGGAGCUCAAGGAGCAGCAGCGCAAGCUCAAGAAGGCGCUCGAGGAGCAGGUCAAGGUCAGCAGGGAGACGGCCAAGAUGGCGCGGUGGGUCAAGCAGGCCUCCGCGCGCAUGACGCACACGGACGCCAUUGACGACCUGCUCAGCGACAUCGACGACGACGACGACGAGCUCAAGUGAAGAGAUUUCUGCUCUGCUUUCCUUGUGUUCCAAAGCUUCUGCUUCAUCUUUUCGGAAAAUUUCCCUGGCUUGGACACACAAACUAUAUAUAUGAAGAUGUUUAGGUUGCAAUGCAUAGUAGUACUAGCUAUAUAUGAGUUGGACUUCAGAAAGAGGGAUAUAAAUUCUGCUGUUUUAGACGAAGAGAGGUGUAUGGAAAUGUUGGAUCUUCUGUUCUUGUUUCUUAUAUUCUUACUACGAGUUA